AUGCAAUGGCCGCUUUGGCUCAAGCUGAAUGGCAUGUCUUGGAUUGUCAGCGCCCUCUUGCUGUGGGUCUCACUUGUGACUCGGCCUUAUCAGCCUAUUACUCCGGCCAAGAAACUCAGAGAGGGCGAAAUAGCUCGUCUUCCAUCAUCAGAGUACUCGUCAUCCCUAUAUUCGCAAAUAACUUUUGCCUGGCUAAAUCCUCUAAUAUACCUCGGCUAUAAGAAGCCAAUUCAGGAUCCUGAUCUGCCUGACAUUGAAAGUGAGGAUUACUCUAUUCGUUCCAUCAAGCGAUAUAACCUUGUGCGCCAGGACUCGCUCUUCUGGUCACUCUUCAAUGUCCUCAAAUGGGAGUUCUUUGUGCAAUUCCUAUGGGCUCUGCCCUGGUGCAUCCUAGUCAACGCCGCACCUUUUUGUCUCAACAGGAUCAUCGAAUAUAUUGAGUGCAGAACCUGCGGACCACCUACCUAUGUCAAUUAUCUUUACGUCUUUGGUUUGCUCUUUUCCUCAUUGAUUGAGUCAUUAUGCGACCAAAACGCCCUCCAUAUUGGUCGCCGUAUUUUUGUUCACACUAUCUCUAUCUGCAAUGCUGAAGUGUUUGCCAAGACUCUUCGUCGCAAAGAUGUAGCCUCACCUGCUGACAAGUUAGACGACGACCAACCUAAUGAAAAGAAGAAUGAUGGCACCUUAAAUAUUGCAAACUUGAUUGCCGUCGACGUCAAAAAGUUGGAGAUUCCUUUCAGUUAUGUUUUUUAUCUGUAUGGUUUCCCUAUUCAGUUUGUUAUUGCUGGUGUUCAGCUUUACUGGCUGUUGGGAUACGCUUCAUUGGUCGGCAUCGCUUGCAUGUUCUUAUCAUACCCUAUCCCAGCCAAAUUGUAUACCAUGAUCAUGAGACUUUUCAAAGAUAUCAUGAACACUAAAGAUGAGCGUAUGGACGCUCUCAAUGAAAUGCUCUCUGCCAUCCGUAUUGUUAAAUUCUUUGGUUGGGAAUCCAAGUUCGAGGAAAGGAUCACUGCAGCACGUGAGAAGGAGCUGAAGCGCACCAAGGACUCAUAUGUCAAGAUGAUCUUCACCGAGAUUGUCUGGAUGAUUGUACCACUGCUCAACAUUGUCAUUAUCUUGGUUGUCUACACCAAAGUCUUUGGUAAUGAAAUUUCAGCGUCCAAGAUGUUUACAACUUUAGCCUUGUUCAAUAUCAUGCGACAGUCCUUGAACAUGCUUCCUUGGCAGAUCAAGAAUACCAUGCAGGCUGCGGUCAGUUUAAAGCGUAUCAACAGGUUUCUACUCGAAGAAGAUCUCGUCAAAGAUACCACAGUUACCAAAAUCAGUGCAAAGGCUCAAACUAGAUCUUCUCACCCCACGGUUGGCUUUGUCAACGCUUCCUACAUCUGGCCCAACAAGGAAAACGGCAAGGAUGAUGUGUCCGCUCCAAAGGAAGAAACAAAACCCUCAUGGACACAAAGGAUUAAGAGAAAGCUAUUCAAGGCCUCUAAGGUUGAUGUCAUUGAGGAACCUAUAACUCAAUCUGAGGCUAUUCAGGAACGGUUCAAGCUCAAGGACUUGACGAUCGAUUUUCCUGUUGGGAAAUUGUCGGUCAUUAUUGGACCAACUGGCUCAGGAAAAUCGGCAUUGUUGCUCGCUUUACUCGGUGAACUCGAACGACUCGAAGGUCAUCAGUACAUGCCACGCUUGGAUUAUGGCCCAGGGCCACAUAGUGAGAUUGGAUCGGGGAUUGCAUAUGUUGCCCAAACUGCUUGGCUUCAAAACACCAGCAUCCGUAAUAACAUCUUGUUCGGCAGUGAAUUUGAUCAGGAGCGAUAUGAUGCUGUUGUUGAAGGCUGCGCUCUCACAACUGACUUUGAAAUCAUGGAAUUCGGCGAUGCUACAGAGAUUGGUGAGCAAGGCAUUACCCUUUCCGGUGGUCAGAAGCAGCGUGUUUCUUUGGCCAGAGCCAUCUAUUCACGUGCCAACGUUCUUCUUCUGGACGAUUGUCUCUCAGCUGUGGAUACUCAUACAGGCAAACAUCUCUUCCAGACUUUGACCGGCCCCUUACUCACUGGUCGAACGAUAUUAUUGGUUACUCAUCAGGUUCAGCUUACAAUGACCUCCGCUGACUUGAUUGUGGUCAUGAAUAAAGGCGAGAUACUGGGUUCAGGAACACCUCUGGAGGCGAUUCAUAACCACUGGGUCGAUUACGUUACUUUACCCACCUCAAAGGAUGGUGAUUCGAGUGAGGUCAGCACAUUACACAACGAAGAGGGUCAGCAGCAGCCCAAGGCCAAAAAAGAUACUAAGGAAAAGCGCACUGUCAAGCUGACCGACGAUGAGAAGCAGGUUGAAGGAGCUGUCGCAUGGAAUGUAUAUAAGACAUAUUUGAUUGCUUCCGGAGGCUGGCCCUUCUGGAUUGGUCUAGUGAUCCUCUUCAUGAUUCGUGAGGUGGUUGAUGUUAGUCAAAAUGCCUGGCUCGCAAUUUGGUCUAACAAGAUGGCCGAAGCUACUGGUUCAUAUGCCAUCAAGUUAUUCGACUACGCUGUCCCUGCUUCUGUUUCCCAAUCAUUUUAUGCUUCUUUCGCCUCUGUUGAUAGAAAACCAUACGGCAUGGCGACCUUGUAUAUGUUUGGAAAGGGAACACCUGAAACCGUUAAUGUCGACUUUUAUCUCGGAGUGUACAUUCUUUUGAGCAUAUUAACACUUGUAUUUGCUGCAUUGACCAACUACUACACCAUUUUUGGGGGUCUCGCUGCAUCACGUUCACUGCACCAGCAGCUCUUACACAAGAUUGUUCGUGCUAAGGUCCGUUUCUUUGAUACGACCCCGAUUGGUCGCAUCGUGAACCGUUUCAGCUCGGAUAUCUCCACGAUUGACGACGAUGUCAGCAACGGUCUCCAGGGUCUCUUUGGUUCAUUCGUUACGGUUCUUGGAAUAGUAGUCAUUAUCUCUGCCAACAUGCCGCUGUUCAUGAUCCCAGCGGUUUUCAUUGUUGCCAUUUAUGGUGUCAUUGGCGCGCUCUAUGUGCCAAUCUCACGCCAGAUGAAGAGAUUGAAUUCUAACUCGAGGUCCCCUAUCUUGAAUCAUUUUAAUGAAGCUUUGAACGGCCUCAUCACGAUUCGUGCCUAUGGUUUCGAGAAGCGCUUUUUAUCCAAGAAUUUGAUCAAUCAAGACAACAACAACAGGACAUUCUUCUUGCUUUGGUCCACGAAUCGUUGGCUACAUUGGCGCGUUGACAUCGCAGGCGCUCUUGUUGCUUUUGCCACUGGGAUCCUUAUCUUGCAAAACUACGGGCGCAUCGAGCCAGGUUGGGCUGCUAUGAGUUUGACCUAUGCACUCAUGUUCACAGGAACAAUUGUCUGGAUGAUCCGCAACUAUGCUCAGAAUGAGAUGAAUUUGAACUCAGUUGAACGUGUAGCUGAAUAUAUGGAUUUGGAGGAGGAGCCACCAGCUAUUAUUGAAGGAUCUCGACCUCCAGCCUCUUGGCCUCAUGCCGGCCAGAUAGUAGUUGAGAAUCUAGUGAUGAAGUAUGCACCUGAUGCUCCUGCAGUGAUCAAGAAUGUAUCCUUCAAGAUCAAUGCAGGGGAGAAGAUUGGUGUUGUCGGUCGAACUGGAUCUGGCAAAUCAACACUUGCAAUUAGUCUGUUCCGUUUCAUGGACCCUGUCAGUGGGACAAUUUUAAUUGAUGGUAUUGACAUUUGCAAGAUAGGUCUUCAGGACUUGCGCUCCAACUUGACCAUCAUUCCACAGGAUCCUAUUCUUUUCAAGGGCACAUUACGAUCCAACUUGGACCCUUUUGGUGAACAUGAAGAUAGGGAGCUCUGGGAGGCUCUUCGUAGAAGUCACCUUAUCCCUGAUAUCAAACCCAGUUCAAAAGCUGCGAGUCUCCGCCACAGUUUGGAAACUCUCAGUAUAGCGCCUGUUGACGCGGAGGCCUCAUCCUCAAAAUCAUCUGCGUGCUCAAUCAAGGGCUCAGGAUCUAGUGAUAAUGAUACAGUAGAUCCUACCAAGAUCACAUUGGAUACUCCUGUCAAGGAAAAUGGUUCCAACUUUUCGCAAGGUCAGCGUCAGCUGAUCGCCUUGGCUCGCGCACUAGUCCGCCAAUCCAAAAUCAUUAUCAUGGAUGAAGCUACAGCAAGUGUAGACUUUGAGACGGAUCUCAAAAUCCAAGGUACAAUUCGCCAAGAAAUGACCAACUCAACCAUUAUUACUAUAGCACAUAGAAUCAGGACGAUCGCAGACUUUGAUCGCGUUCUGGUCAUGAACGCAGGUGAAGUCGCUGAGUUUGACAAGCCGUUGACGUUGAUGAAGAAAGAAGAGAGCUUGUUUCGAUCGAUGUGCGAGCGCUCUUCGGAAUUUGAGGCAUUACUGACGAUCGCAGAGGAAAAAGAGCGGCAGGAUGCAGUGCGUCUAUCAUAA